UACUAACAUAUGUGAUCAAAUAUUUUUACACAGGUAAAGAAAUAUCUGGCAACAUCUGGGUUUCACACAACAGAAAACUCAGUUGGCAUCAUGGAUGGUCGUGAUGAGGGGAUCUUCUCCUGGUUCACUGUCAACUACCUCAUGGAUCGCAUCAGCAGUAAUCCAAAGGACACACUAGUGGCCCUUGACCUAGGAGGAGGAUCCACCCAGAUUACUUUUGUGCCUGUUGAGGACAGCACUCUAAAGAGCACUCCCCCAGAUUACCUCACCUCUAUCUCUCUCCUCCAUAAGAACCUGAAUCUCUACACACACAGGUACUGAGCACCAUUGU